AUGUGGAUUCCUUCUACGUUCAGCACCUGUCAUCCAGGCCCCUCCGAGACAUGGUGGCCUCCCGGCGGUGGCCCUGGAGCUCGCCUGGACUAUGCAAUUCUACCGAACUCAUGGAGCGUCGCGGAUGGAGGCUCUGCGGUCUUCUUCACUGCACUGGACUGGGGGCAAAGUAAUAUUGACCAUUGUGCUCUACGCACUUGGGCCACCUUCCACAGUGUGAGCCGACACAGCCAUCGCGCCGGCCGACCGGCUUUUGACCGAGAGACCAUGCUCUCGGUGCAAGGGAAGGACACUCUCAAGACUAUCUUUGCUUCGGUUCCUCCCCAACCCUGGGACCUCAACGUCCAUGAACAUUACGCCAGGGUCCAAGACUACCUGGUAAGGUCUCUAUCCACGGCCUUUCCCCCGGUGCGUGGCCGUUGUCGGUCCUCCCAUUUUAGUGCACAGACAUGGCAAAUUCGGCAGCGCCGGAUUUGGCUCCGCAGGCGCAUCACACGCCUAGGCGCCACCAUCACCCAGUUCAACCUACGCUGUGCAGUCUACGGAUGGGCUCUUCGGCUUCGCUUUGAGGUUGCACUCGUUGUGUAUUCGUUGGUCCGCCGCGGCCGCGACUUGCGCCCACUGGUAUCCUUCAUCGGAGAUUUGCGUGAGACGAAGCAAGCUCUCCGCCGACACAUCCGACUGGACAUGUCGAGUCGCAUCUCACAUGCAGCCCAAGAGGCACCUUGUACCAGCACAGGCAAUGUGGUUUCCCGCCUUCAGUGUCUGCUUGGUCCUUCCAGCCGCAAGUCGAGACCUCCCAAGGGUUUACCCGGCCUCCGCUUGAAAGACGGCAAUGCCGCGCAAGAUCCCGCUGACGUCGAGAAAGCCUGGGUUGAGCACUUCUCCUCGAUUGAAGCCGGAGUCACCAAGGACCCACAAUCUCUUGCUAAUUCCUGCAUUGCCGCUCAACUGAAACGCGACCUCUCGGAUCUUGUGAUUGCCCCUGAUGAGCUUCCUUCCUGCUCCGACCUGGAGAAGGCCUUCCGUUGCACCAUGCUCCACAGGGCGUUUGGCAUUGAUGGCGUGCCGGCAGAAGCCUUACAUACUGUCCCGGGGCCUGCGGCGCGAGCUCUUUACGCAGUCAUAUUGAAAUGUGCCAUGAGAGUUGAAGAACCCCUCCACUUCAAGGGGGGAUCUCUCUAUGCGGUCUGGAAAGGUAAGUCGUCACCGGCCGUCUGCAGCUCCUAUCGAGGAAUUCUAGUGUCGUCGACGAUUGGCAAAGCCUAUCACAGUCUGCUAAGGAAGAAGAAUGUGCCCACACUAGAGGCUGUGGCCUCUCCCCUGCAGGUGGGCGGCUUACCUAAGCGGCCGGUUACGUUGGCAGCUCAUGUGGUGAGGUUGCAUCAGGCGUGGUGUAUCUCCGAAGACACCUCCCAUGCUGUCAUCUUCCUUGACCUCCGUGAAGCCUUCUACCGGAUAGUGCGACCAAAGGUGACCGGCUUCCAGGGGUCUGAGGAUGAUAUACAAGCGGUCUUGAGGGCCGUGGACUUGCCGCCAGGCCUCUCUCACGAGCUUCACAGCCAUUUACGUGACAGCUCCUUGUUCCGGGAUGCAGGUGCUUCCCCCUGGUUGGAUGCCGUGACCUGUGAGGCCCUCCAGCACACGUGGUUCCGCUUCGAGCAUGGUCAACUCCUCACGGAGACAGGCAUAGGCACACGCCCAGGUGACAACCUUGCCGAUCUCAUAUUCAGCUAUGUCUUCGCUGAAGUUCUCAAACGAACCAGGGAAGUUGUUGAUGAGGCAGUGGGCAUUGAUCGGAUCCCCUGGCACCCUGACAUGCUUAACUCUCCUUGGCCGCCCACUCAGCCUGCUGAGCAUACCUUGCCAUUGCUCGACUGCACCUGGAUGGACGACUCUGCCCUCAUGGUACGCAGCCGAUCUGCGGAUGCCCUUGCUGACAAACUAAGUGUCACAGCUGGGGCCCUUCUCGACGGAUGCCUCGGACGCGCCUUGCUCCCUAAUUUGGACAAAGGCAAGACCGAGGCCAUUGUCUCCCUACGGGGUGCCGGCUCGCGCAAGGAACGCCAGAUACAUCAAACUGGAGCACUGAUUCGAGAGAUUAGGCACCGCGUUGCUCUGGCCUGGGUUGCCUUCACCAAGCGGAGGAAACAUAUCUUUGCAUCCCCGUGUGUAGCCUGGAAAGACAAAACCAAUCUUUAUGAAUCCCUGGUCUUGUCUGUACCGCUGUAUGGGGCUGGCACGUGGCGGACCCUGGAGUCCCCUGAGUCGCAGUGCCUUUCCUCCGCAUAUCACCAGAUGGUUUAUGCCAUGAUGAGGCCAGCAUACAAGGCGGAUGCGGGCCUUGGCCGCUGGCCCUUAUUGGACUUCCAACGAUGGAGACCCUACUUCACAUGGCCAGACUUCGACACCUGCAAUCCUGUGUUGCUGUUGGCUCACGGGAAUUCUGGGCCCUUGCUCAUGCCGAGAAGAGCUGGCUGGAGAGUGUGCGGGACUCUCUCAGCUGGCUUCACAGUCUUGUCUGCCCAGGCGAUGGGCCUGCUACUCUCCGCGCCCAGUGGACUGUAUGGUGCUCCGACAUGCAAUCCCGCCCUAACACAUGGAAACGGAUACUGCGACAAGCGCAAGCUCGAGCUGUCCGUCGUGAAGCCUGGGCAGCCAGUUCUGGCUACCACCGGGGGUUAUUGGCCAG